AGAUUUGGGUUCAGAGAAUGAGGCUUAGUGUUUUAGCAACUAAAUUUAAAAAAGUCACAAGUGGUUGAUAUGAAUAAAGACUCAUGUAUCAUCGCCAUGUCAGUCAGAGGAGCAAAUUAAGGAGUGGUCUGACUUCUUCGUGAAUCUUGGAAUUUCUCUAAACACCAUCAUGCAAAGAACUGAUGCAUCAAUCCAAGAUGUGUAUCAGGCAGACAUUGUUUAUGGUACACUGGAAAACUUUGUGUCUGAUUACUUUCAGCAUGGCAUAGAGGUGAUGGAAACAGGGAUCCCUCCACUUCAACAUGAGUUUAUUAUUGAUGAAAGAAGUCUGAACGUAUCUCCUAAUCUGGAACUUUCAAGGCUCAAGAACAAUGAUUCGCUGGUGUUUGCUGCAGAAGUCCUGCAGAACCUCAUGCAUCAUUUCCAAAGUCAGGAAAUGGAACAAAGACUCAGCUUGAUGAAGGAACUUUUUCAAGUUCUCAGCACCAAGUUAGACAAAGACAAAAACACAGAGACUAAAAUCAUCAAUAUCUUGGAGAAAAUGACUGGGAAAGAAUUGCCCUCUAAUGAAAUCUUCAUUCUGACCUUUCUUGAGAAUCUCCUGAGAGUGUGUACUAGUGACACAGAAGCUGUGAAACACAUGGCAUCUACUAACAGAUGGUGUUUGGAGACUUUAUUUACUUCUGCAAAGCAAAUUCAUUACUCAAAUGACCAGAGAAAAGAGGUUUUCUGGAUGGUUUCAGACCUUGGAGCACAAACACUUUGGUCACCAGAAGAGACAUUAAACCUUCUUGGAGCAUUAACUGACCACCAUCAUGAUGAAGGCUGCAUUUCCAUCAUGAAGAUUUUACAUUUGAUGGUAACAUACCAGGUUUCUUCAAAGUGGAGAGAUGAGAGCAACCGACCCCUCCUCGAGCUUUUAGGUUCAUGUCGAACUGAGAAUCUGAUCCAGCAUUUAGAAAAGAGCCUUAGAGAUGAGAAGAAUAAAGACAUUGAUGCUAUUUUUGAUGAAAUACUUCAGAUGAAAGACAUUGAUGAACAAACCCUGAAUAAAGCUUACAGUGUAGUAUCUCAUGUAACAAACCUGAUCAAAACUGGUGAAAUUGAAAAACACACAGAUGUUCAGCAGUUAAAGGAUCUGAGUACCAGCUUGGACACAGAAGACCUUCAGAAGCUCUUGGCAGUCUUAUGCAAUGCUGUUCACCUUCGUGUGGCUAGAGGGAAGUGGUGGCCCAGAAGCACUCAGAUGAUAAGCUGGUGCCUGUUGGCCUUGUCUGACACUGGGAAGCUCCUGGAAAUGGGCACCGGAGAGGGGAAGUCUUGUGUCAUAGCAAUGUUUGCAGCAUUGCGUGUGCUUAGAGGUGAAAAAGUAGACGUGAUGUCGACGUCCUCAGUGUUGUGUCAAAGAGAUGCAGAAGAAUGGAGAGAAUUCUACGAGUACUUUAGCAUCACAGUUGAUACAAACACAAAUAAGACUGAUGACGAGGAUAGAAAGAAAUGCUACCAGAAGGAUGUGGUCUAUGGAACAAUUGAAACAUUUGCUGCUGAUCACCUUCGCCAGACAUUUGAGAUGAAGGAUGUGAGGCCUGAGCGAGGUUAUCAGUGCAUCAUAAUCGAUGAGGUGGACUCACUGCUGCUGGAUCAGGGAGUGCAGUUGACCUAUCUUGCCAGCCCGAUGGUCUCCAUGCAACACCUGAACUCUAUUCUGGCCAUGAUCUGGGCCCAUGUCAGCCAGUAUGGGUUCUUGUCUUCAGGACACCAGACUUUUGUACAGGGUCCCCCUGCUUUGUUCUUCAAGGCCAUCUUUGACUCAAUUAACACAGAAGACAGUGAAAUUAAGGAUCCCAUGGACAUUUUAAGAAUCGCUGAAAUAACCAACACUGUGCCAAAAGGCUUUACAGAGGAAAUCUACAAAAGUAAACACGAUGAACUUCUUGGGAAACUGAAGACUGUGAGUCAGGACGAUGUGGUGGAUUUCUUUGAAAAAAUGGAGGACUAUGUUCCCUAUGGAUUUACUGUGUACACUUUAAACGAUGAAUUGUUGCUCUGUCUCAGAAAACUCAGCCCUUACAACAACCCCCACAUCCCAGAGCUGAAGUUUCUUGUCCUGGAUGACGGCUUGUGCUGUGCUCUCUAUGACUCUGAGGAAAGUCUCAUUAAGUCCAUUGCAGAGUUCAUUUCAGACCAGGUUCAGUACACCCCAUGUACAAACAAUGAAGACAAAAUCAGCAUUCCUGGAUUCUUGAGGAAUCUGAUAGAGAAGAAAGUGUCAGUGUGGGUCCAGAACGCUUUUCUGGCAACGCAGCUGAGAGAAGGACGAGACUAUGUUGUAGAAAAUGACAAUAUCUGUCCUGUGGACUUCAGAUCUACUGGUAUUGUGGAGCUGAAUAAGAAAUGGGGUGAUGGUCUGCAGCAGUUUAUUGAGAUUAAACAUCAAACCAAACUGAGCACACUUUCAAUAGUGACAAACUACAUUUCUAAUAUCUCCUUCUUUGAAAAGUACCAGGGGAAGAUAUAUGGAACAACAGGGACACUUGGCAGUAAACAAGACCUUCUGUUUUUGCAGGAACUGUAUCCAAAUCUGUCUGCCUGCAAAAUGCCAACAUUCAACAGGAAAAAGUUAUUUGAGGUCAAAGGUAUCAUGACACAUUCAUCUGAAGAGUGGAAGUCUGAAAUAAAACGUGUGGUCAUGGCUCAGAUUUCCACAAAUUCAUGCAGAGAUGGAAGAGCAGCUCUUGUUAUUUGUGAGACAAUCAACAAAGCCAAAGAGAUCUAUGAAGAGCUGAAAAGCAUCAUCCCAGGUGAAAUCAUUCUCUACUGCCGCAGUGACAAAGAAAGUUUGAGCAAAAUAAAAAAGGAACUGCUUCCUGGUGAUGUUAUUGUUGCCACAAACCUUGCUGGACGCGGCACAGACAUUAAAGUUUCCAAACAGGUGAACAAUAAUGGAGGAUUAUUUGUGAUCCUGUCCUUCCUCUCUGAAAACACAAGAGUAGAACUCCAGGCUUUUGGUCGAACAGCCCGCAAAGGUAAACUUGGAUCUGCUCAGAUCAUCGUGUCCACUGAACACAUGCAGCAGGAUUUCAGAACAGUGACGUCUCUGGAGGAAGCUAAGAGAACAAGGGUUAGACUUGCAGAGGAAAAGAUGAACUACAUGAUGAACGAUGUCACAGAGAUGAGUCUGCGGGAGGAGCUGUUUUCAGAGUACUGCGAAUCUCUUCAAGAAAUUUACAAGGACACAGAUGGAGAUGAGAGAAGAGCUGUCGUUGCCAUCAUGAAUGAGUUCUGGGGGAUCUGGCUGCAAACAAAAUCAGAGGAAAUUGACCAGCUGAAAAGAGAUGAACUGAAACAGAGUUUGAAGUUGGAUUUGGCAAAAGCAAGAAGUCAGUCUGAAAGUCAGACUUCACCAUGUUCUAGCAUUUAUCACUACAUCAAGUUUGGAAACGUCGCACUGGAUGAAAAACAAUGGGACCUUGGUGCCAAGCUCUUUGAAAAAGCCAUGAAGAAUGAUGAAAGCUGGGCUGCUGUAGCUUUUUACAGUCAUGCGUACUGCACUAUAAAGCAGCAGAAGGGAGAUUACCUCACUAAUGCCAGAGAAGACCUACAGAAAGCACAGAAUUCUCUUCAGUAUCUCAGAGAGGAAUCUGUGUUCUGUUUGCAGUUUGUAAAAAUGACCUCUGCAGGUUCAACCAAAUCUGAUUUAACCAGCAUUGAAAAACAGUUAACAACUCGGUGCAACAUGUACAAUUGCUUUAACAAAAACAUCACAGAGGCCAUCCAAAAGCUGGAUGAAAAUAAAGAAAGAGGCAGAGAUGCACCGGUCAAAAAAUCACCAGUUUUCUUUCUGGUGCCAAAACAUGAUGAAGAACUCCAAGAGGAGGCCUACAACCUCUACAGACGAGGUCUGAAAUAUGUCUUUGCUGUGGAAGAGAAGCCUCGUUUUUCAUGGGAAAGUCUGCUGGUGUUCGGUCUUGGACUUUUGCAGAUUAUUGGAGGAGCAUUGAUCACUGCAUUUACAUUUGGUGCAGCAGCUCAAAUUGGCAUAGAGCUGAUCGCUGAAGGAGUAUCAGACUGCAUCUAUGGCAUAGAGGCCAUGGUGACAGGAGAGUUCAGCUGGAAAUCCUGGGCUAUAAACAAAGCCAUUUCUAUUGGAGUUUCCCUUUUAACAUUUGGAAUUGGGAAGCUGGUGUCAAAGGGCUUCCAAAUGAGCAAACUGCUAACCAAACUCAAAGGUUUGGGCAAAGAAUUAAAGGCAUUGCCAAAGUUUCUCACCAGACAGGCAAAAGACACUUUAAGUGUUGUCACAAAAACAACCAUUAAGAAUGCUGCAAAAUAUUCUACAAAAAAAGUAAUAGAGGAAGUUAUAAUGUAUGGGUUUGGGAAAGCAGAGGAGGAAAUCCUAAAAACAAUUCUAGACAACAUCAAAAGUGAGGUGAAGAAGGGAAUAACUGAUGAUGUGAAAUCCAACAUGGAAAAGGAGCCUUUGAAUAAAUUAGUGGACUCCAUUAUCCUGUCCCACAUUGAGGACAUGGAACAACUCCAUGAUCUCCUGAAAGACAAAGCAAGGAGAAAUGACCUGCUGACCAUUUUCAGACAAUUAUCCAACACUGCAGCGCAGCCAUUCUAUAAAGACCUCAGCUGGCAGAACAAGAUUAACUCAACCCUCAUAACAGUGACUGAUGCAGCUAAAGCUGAGGCAAAAGGAAAAUUGCUUUUCAUCCUAACAGCCAUACAAACUACCCACUACCUGGUACUAGCAGGAGAUGCUAUCAGGGCAGUCCAUAGCCUCUCUGACAAAUUCUUCUCAAACCUUCAAGAACAGCUGAAAAUAUUUAAAGAAAAGAAAGGUUUUUCAGACAAAGUGAAGAUAAAUGAGCUAGCUUCCUCAGAAACUGAAAUGUUGAAGGCAUUCAAGGAGGAAUUAGCCGAUGCCAUCAGUGCUUCAGUAGCUGAUGCUUUGGUAGAAGUUUUCCACCAAAAGUUCUCCAGUCACAUAACGUCUCGUCUUCAACACACAGUAAAUGGAGUCAUUCGGAACCAUGUAAGAAGCGGAUUAAAGACUGAGAGAACACAUGAGAAACUCCGAGCUGGACAGAACAACAGAUACAUUGCAUACAUGCCAAUAAAUCAGAGUUCUAAACUGGGAAGAGGUGCUGGUAAACGCUCAAGAUCACAUGCUGAAAAGAUCAAGGACCCCAAGGCCAAGGGGACCAUUCUCGAUGUCAGAGUCUUGUCAGAGGCCACUGGUACCGAGGUUGUCAUCCUAACAGAGGGCAAAGGUGGCAGACUUAACAAAAUGCAGGAGAUGAAUCCAAGCACGAAAUCAAGCACUCAGACUGUGACACUGAUAUACAGACCAAAGAGUUCCCAAUACCCCGAUGGCCAUUAUGAUGUUUGCAUCAACAACAAGACAGUCCAGAUAGACAGCAAGGGUAAUAACUGUCUGUUUCAUGCUUUUGCACGAGGCAUGAAACCAGAAGCCAGUGAAGAAAGUAUCGUCUUGGAAGCAAACCGCCUUCGAGUUGUGGAGAGUAAGACUCUACUCGGCCACCCAGGACAAUGGGAGCAUUUCAUUAAGAGCAAAGAGUGGACUGAAAGGAUCAGAGGAGGAGACUGGUACUUGGCAGAGGGAGCUGCACCAUUAGUAACUAAGAAACAGAAAGACAAAUUUAAGAAAACGGUUGGAAAAACAGGAAAAUACAAAUUAUUGCAACAAGAAAACCGAAACAAUGAAAUGGGGCAAUUUAUCAAUGCUGAUCACCAGCCUGCUCUCAGCUCUAUAUUAAAAAGUAUAGAUUUGGACCAGAACAGCACAUUGGCGACAGCCAUGCUUGAAGUGGCAACAAACUCAACUCCUCUAGACAAGAAACUUAUUCCUGAUGUGAAGAAAAAGCACGGCCCUGAACUUCCAACUGUUAAUGUUCCCACUGAAAUGCAUUGUGAAUUUCCCAGUACAAAAUCAAAAAAGUACAGAGAGUUGGUAGCCAGAACCAUAAACGAGGAUGAUGUUGUGGGCACGUUCAAACUGACAAUCCUUGGUUCAAUGCCAAGAUUCAUGUUGGAUAACAACCCGAAGUUUAAGGACUUUACUAAAGACAGUGACUUGGAAUUCAAGCUGGAUGUGUUUAAGAAGAGGUUUCCGAAACAAAGUGAAGAGAUGGUUGACCAUUGGUUCAGUCAGCUUGAAGGCAAAGAUGUCAUGUCAUCCAAAGAUCGUGAGACCAUCAAAACAUGGAUCAACAAGGAGGGCUACAACGAUCAAAACGAUGAAUACAGGAAGAAAGUCGUCAACUCCUUGGCUAAGGUUCAGACCAGAGAAAUAAAUCAACAAACAAGAAGAAUGAGGGGUGCCAGAAGCAAUAACAAGACAAAAAAAGCAAACUUUUAAAGAACGAACAGUAAGAAAAAUGCUAAAAUAAAAUAGAUAAAAUGUAAGAAAUAAAAGUUCCAGUGUGAGGAAUUAACAUUUGUUAUCAUAAUAGACAGCAAAUAAAAAAGUUUUUAACCCUGAUUUAAAACUACUGAGAGUUUCAGUAAACCUGCAGCUUUGAAUGGAAAUGAGACUCUUGAUAUUUUAUGUUUCUUAUAUUUUCCAACAUGUUUUUAUGUUUUCUCACAUUUCAAAGAUGUAAAAGAGAUAUCCUUGUCAGCCGCUGUGGUCCAAGUGUCAAGUUUAAAAAAAGUUUGUACAACUUUUAUAAUUCAAAUUUUUUCUUUAAACAAUUAAAUGAAUUUACCAUUAGAUUUUUUUCUUUUCAUUGGUGGGUUCAAUUAUAUUAAUUUGAUAUGAUUGUGUUAGCAUUGUUAUCCCAAAACAAGAAGUUUCCUUGUGGGACAUUUCUGUGUGGCGUUGCAUGUUUUACUUUAAUAUUUUACAUCUUACCUUCUGUAAUUCUAUGGUCAUGAUAUGAAUAGUACAAAAUCUUCUUUCAGAUAUAUUGCUAUCUACAUAAACUAAGCAGAAAGCUGCAAUGUCUUCCUCAAAUUAUUUUACAACUGGGUGCUGGGUGUUAUAUUAAAGCUGUGGCAGCAGAAUGGAGUCAAGAUGUUGUAUUCUUUUGUAAUAUAGCAGCAUAGAUCAGUUAUUGGAGAAAGUUUAAUUAUUCAUCAUUUUUAUUACUGAUUUCAUGAUUAACAGUGUAAUCUGUGUUUUCGUUAAUUGGUUACUUUCAAAUAAAGCAUUAAUCGUGUGCUUGAAAAGUGAGGCUUUUCUUUUCUUUCCACAUCCAGAAGAAGCUGUAGUUCUCCUUUUGUCCACCAGGCGGCCUCAGUCAUCCACCUUCAUCAGCACGAUUCCUCCUGCGUUUAACCACGUUUUUUAUUGUUUUAGUUCUGAGUUUACCUACUUGUCCCUUUUAUAAAUUUAAGUAAACAUUGAUCACAAAAUAACAUGCGUUCCAUAUUACUGAAGUAAUAACUCUACAGUGGCAGAUAUGAAGUAAGUUGCACACUGACAGCACG